ACCAUCGCACAAACGACCUUCCAUAAACAGCUGCAUGGACCAACAUGAUAACAUGAGUGAGUAUCAUUGGCAGGGAAAUUGAGCUCAUGUUCUCAAUCGGUCUACCAUGCAUCCUCUUACAGCCAUUUACCGACCUGUCGGAGACACUCUGCUUCGCGCGUAAAAGACAGAAGGAUCCGUGUGGCGGCAGACAUUUACUUCAACCCCCUCUCGAAUCUCAUAGCUUCCGGAAAGGACGAGCUCAACUUCGUCACAGAUUAUUACGGUUAUCCGCAAAGUCAUCAUGUCUCGCAGUGACUCGCCUGUUGGUGAGACUGAACCUCUACUCUACUCGAAGCCGCCGUGCAAAUCGCAGGCGCGCAAGGUCAUACUGCUCAUUGCACUCAUCGCAGCUAUCUCAAGCAUUUCGGGUAGCUUCAUCGGAUUGCCUUUUACAAGACUUGUUGAGAGUGCUAUUUGUCAAGGAUACUAUGAAUCGGGUCCAGAUCAUGGAGGGGAGCUUCUGCCUGCUCGCGAUGUGGAUGAGGCUGAUUGCAAGAUUGACGUGAUUCAAGCCAGACUUGCUUAUGUUCUUGCGAUACAAGAGAUACUGGAAGCGGUGUCGGGCUUUGCAUUUGCUUUGCCGUAUGGACUGCUGGCUGACAGGAUCGGCCGUACCAAGGUCCUCACUCUGUCCUUGUUCGGCAUCUUUCUGUCUGGCUGUUGGGCAGGUCUCGUAGUCUGGCAGCGCCACGUCUUCCCCAUCUGGACAAUAUGGUUCAUCUCCGCAUUCCAGAUGGUGGGUGGGGGUCAGGGCAUACCAAUGACCAUGAUCUAUACGAUGAUUGCAGAUGUCCAGACUGAAGCUGAACGCACCAACACGUUAUUCUACAUUAUGGUGUGUGCAAUGGUAACGGAACUCGUUGCUUCUAGUCUGACAGCAACCUUGAUGAGCAUCUCACCAUGGUUGCCUUUCUGCAUUGGUGUGUCUGUCAUUGGAAUCGUCACACUUAUCGCCAUGGCAAUACCCGAGACUCGUCCCAGUACCCCCUCAUCCGAGACUACCUCUGAACACGUUCCAAUUGCUCAACACUUACGCCACAUUGUCAAGAUGUUCACGUCCCGCUCCUUGUGUCUCAUCUUUCUCUCCUUCAUCGGCGAGCAUAUAGUCCUGAAGAAUAGCUUCUUCGCCGCUCGCUACAUCAGUAAACGAUUCUCCUGGCCACUAUCUCGAUACGGCUACUUCAUGUCUGCGAGGACUCUACUGGCAAUCCUUCUCUACGUCCUCAUCCUACCGCAAACAUCACAUUACCUGCUAAGUCGUCUAGACUGCACGCCCUUGAGAAAAGACCUCACCAUGGCGAGAAGCACAGCCAUCAUUCUCGCAAUAGGCUUACUCCUCGCAGCAGGGCCCUCGCUGCCUCUUGUACUGACUGGAUUCUUGUUGACGACGAUUGGAGCUUCCUCUACAGUGAUAUGUCGUAGUAUGGCAGUUCAGUUUGUGGACCCGGCACAUAUAGCCUCCAUGUACACGUUGCUCAAUCUCCUCAACUUUGCGGGUGCGAUGGUGGCAAGUCCAUUGUUGGCGGGAACGUUUGUUCUGGGUAUGAAGUGGAGUGGUGUCUGGCAGGGUCUUCCGUACAUGUGCUUGGGAGCCUUGGGUGUUGUCUCGGCGAUUGCGUUAGGCUUUGUUGAUGGUGGCGAUGGUAAGAUAGAGCAUGAUGAGGAUGAAGACGAGGCGCAAGACAAUGAGGGAUGAUCAGACAAGUGUGGUUCUGACUGACCGGACAGAACUAGCGCUUUGUAAUCAUGAUGGUGACCUAGAAUGACGGAUGCAAGAUUGAACGCAUGACUCAUCAGUGACAAGCUUGCAGUCACAGCAUAUAGAGAGCAAUGAAAUUGAAGUAUAUACGGACGGAGU